AUGGCCUCAAAGUUCCUAAGAGAAUACAAGCUCGUCGUGGUCGGCGGUGGUGGUGUCGGCAAGUCCUGCUUGACCAUUCAGCUGAUCCAGAGUCAUUUCGUGGAUGAGUAUGAUCCCACAAUUGAAGAUUCCUACCGCAAGCAGUGUGUGAUCGAUGAUGAGGUCGCUUUGUUGGACGUCCUGGAUACAGCAGGUCAGGAGGAAUACUCGGCAAUGCGCGAACAAUACAUGCGGACCGGCGAGGGCUUCCUGCUCAUCUACUCUAUCACAUCGCGCCAAUCUUUCGAAGAAAUCAUGACCUUCCAACAGCAAAUCCUGCGCGUCAAGGACAAGGAUUACUUCCCCAUCAUUGUCGUGGCCAACAAGUGCGAUUUGGAGAAGGAGCGUGUGGUCUCCGAGCAGGAGGGUGAAGCGCUCGCCCGUCAGUUCGGUUGCAAGUUCAUUGAAACCUCCGCCAAGUCCCGUAUCAACGUCGAGAACGCCUUCUACGACCUCGUGCGCGAGAUCCGCCGCUACAACAAGGAGAUGUCCUCUUACCCCUCUGGUUCCGGCGCGUUCGGUGCCCGCGCACCAGAAGGGAAGAUGGACAUGAGCGAGCCUGGCGAGAGCGCUGGCUGCUGCUCCAAGUGCGUCGUCAUGUAA